GGCUGGGAGGCGUGUCCCGGGAGUACUGCACGUGAUUGGGAGGCAAUGCAUCUCCCACGAAGAAAUCAAGAGUUAGAGGAAACGGGAAGGUUGGAGGGCGCUUCAGUGUUAUCGUCGGGGCCAGAAAGCCGGUACUCUUAGCCUGAAGCAUAGAAAUCAUAGUGCCAAAGAAGUAGAUGCACUAAGAAGAAAGUGGACUCUCACUUUGAAACCAACCUUGAACCUACAGUGAAAGAUUCUUCCAUUAAAGCAGGUGAAUUUCAAGAUGAAAAUGCAGACUGGGUUUCAGAAAGCUGUUGCUAAUUCCAACGUAGGGCUAUGGUGGAAGAGAUACUGUCUGUAUCUGUUAUAUUUGAGUAAUCUCUUCCUGGUGACUGGUUACAUUGCUUUGCUGUUUUAUGCUCUCAUCUGGGAAGCUGGAAAUAUUGUCAGCCUUCCAACCAAAAGAAUUGGCUUCUACAACAUCUGCCUGUGGAACGAGGAAGCAGAAAAACUGGAUUGCCUUCUGUUCAAGGACUUGGAAAAGAUGGGUAUCAACAAAAUGGCACUGGUCUUGUCCAGGAUCUGUGUCUAUUCCACACCAGUAUUGUGCCUCUAUGUUUUCACUACCAUCUUACAGGCCCUGUGCUUAAAAGACAGAGAUGGAUGGAAACUAGCCUGUACUCUCUUGGCUGUUUGUGUUCUGAGCUUGCCUGCUGGUAUCAGUUUGUUUCUCUUGCAGACUCAAAGGUGGAUUCAGAUCUCUGAACUUGGAGAGGGUUUUGCAGCCUUAACUGGGGCUCAUGCCUUGCUCUUGAUCCACAUUAUCAUUAUUGGUAUGUACCUGGCAAAGCUCAAAGAUGCACUCCCCCCGGGACAGUUCUUUCCUGUAAAGAGCAUCCCAUGAGUACAUUUAAGUACUGAGUCCAUGCAUUAAUGUCAGGCAAUACGUAUUUAAAGUGCCUUUUGAACAACACCUGCAGGUCAGUCCAUAUUCCCCUAAGUCAAGUUAGAAGUUGUGUUGCUGUGGGCAUAUGUUGAUUCUGCAAGUUAAUUACUUUGACACUUGGCUUUUCUAAAGCAGUUCCUAUGAAGCAGAUGCCAGGACUUAAGACACAUUUUGCACAGAGAAAUAGCCACUUGCAAAGAUUGUCAAUUUAAAAAUUACAUAGGAGUAUCGAUCAUUUCCUUCACCCUCCCUUUCAUAGCAGGCUUUGGGGGACACACAGCAGCCUUGUAAGUGGCGGGGAGGAAACAAACUAGGUUGCAGACUCUUCUGUUUGGCACAACAGACAUCACAAUGGGCAGGGUAAGAAGAUGCAUCCAACAAAUGUGCCCUUCUGUGUCCCAAAUGAGCUGAGUGUGAGGGAUUGUUAUUGUACAAGAUGAGCACAUCAGGAGAGAGCUCUUACACCAGUGUAUAACCUUCUAUCUGCAGUUCUGGGGCAGAAAGAAUGCUUGAUUUUUUGAGCUAUAAAUGGAACAGGGGAAAUAUACUUUCUCCUAAUGAGAGCUCUGGGGAUUGUUCUGUGACUGGGCAAACACAUUUGUGAGCUCCUUUUGUGCUACAAAAUGAUUAAUAUCACAGAGGUAAUUUGAAAAUGAUGAAACUAUAGGUUAAGCAGCACAAUAUUCUAUUUCUUUCAUACGUAACUAGUCACUGUCAUAAUUCACACUGCUUAAGUUAAGGUGGUUGUGAUGUCAUUCUCUGAUUUUUUAAACCAAAAAGAAUACUACAGUGAGCUGCAGUUUGGUACACUGGCUUUGCUGUAGUUUUCAAUUAGUUGAGGUGUUGGUGCAGUAUUUUAAAGGGAAAAUGGCUGGUAUUUCUGUUUAUUCCCACCAUACAGCAAAUGGAAUUUGGGUCUUGGAGAAGGCCCCAUAUUUAUGACAUGCAAAGGAACCCUGCUGCAGGGUAGAAAAGAUGUUAAGGAAAUAGGGUGACAAAAUGCAAAGAUGGACAGGACUAUUCCCUCUCAAACCCGAUGAGGCACUGGUUAGGGAUGGUUGUUAAGACUUUCUAAGCAUACUGCUGAUUUUGCCAUGAUAGUGAUAAUGCUAUCACCUUGAUUUAUCUAUAUGUUGAUGAGUAAGGAAGUUUUUUCUUAGUUUUUGGUUGUUGCUAACAGUUUGAAACAAAGCAAUAUUCCAUUUUUAGAUGCAUCUGUUUCAUUAUAGUAAGGUUACAUAUAAGGUUUUAAUUGGCAUUGAGAUUGUUUGUAUUGUAAUUCUUUCCUGUUUGCUAAGGUUAUGAAUGCAGUAAAGUUUAUGAAUAUAAAUGGCCUAGUCACACUUUCACCUAUUUGUGCCAAUACAAAACAAAUACUUUUUGUUAUUCCAGCAACAGUGUUCAAAUAAAACUUGUUCAUCAUUA